AUGGGGAACUUCCUUGUCACCUGGCUGGCAGCUCUAAAAGAUAGUACCUCAGCCUAUUCUAUAGCAUCACACUGUGAGUGUACUAGAAGUGCUUUCUAAAUCUGGAACAGAACAAAGUAUUCCAACAACAAUGGAAACUGCAGUAGCCAUCUCUCUCACUCUGUUCAUACUCACAGGUCUCUGUGCCGGUCAGGGUCUGUUUCCACAAGGUCCUGUGAAUGGAGCAGAAGGAGGGACAGCGAUGUUCAUCCCAAAUCUAAGUCCACCAGUCAAGCCAUUCAUAAGAAUAUCCUGGAGUGUUGGUGGAGUCAGUAUUAUAGCCUAUAAAAGUAAUGACUCUAUAGGGCCUGGAUACGGAGGCAGGAUCACCCUGAACAAAACUACUGGAUGUCUGGAACUCAGGAAUCUGACCCUGGCUGACAGAGGAGAAUACAGAGUGUCUAUAACAACAGCUAAAACAGAAACAAUCAAUGGAUCAACUGAACUGGUUGUGUAUGAGAAUAUAUCUGAUGCCAACAUCACAGGACCACCAAACCAUCUGUUUGCAGAUUGGAGCUCCGCCAAUUUAACCUGUGAGGCUGCUGGUAACAUCACUGUUAUACAAUGGAUGAAGGAAGGUCAGCCUCUGUCUGGUGGCAAUAUAUUCUUCUCAGAGGAAAACAGGACAUUAUUCAUCAGUCCUGUGAAGAGACAUGACAGCGGAGGAUAUGUGUGUAAACUCACCAACCCAGCCAGCUCUGCUACUGCCUCCUAUAGAAUGAUAGUGAACUAUGGACCAGAGUCCAUGACCAUCCUGGGCCAAAACAUGGCUGAGGUGGACACACACACCCUCAUUUACUGCUCCGUUCAGUCUGUGCCGCCUGCUACGUUCACCUGGUGGUUCAAUGGGCAAAGGACAGGUGUACAUGAAGCUGGAUACAUCAUAAGGAGCGUCAGCUACAACAACAGCGGGGACUACAGAUGUGAUGCUAGGAAUGAUCUCACUGAAAACGUUGUCUCUAUGGGCCAUAGUCUGUCAGUUAAAGAUAAAACCCCUCCACCCCUGAGCCCAGCGGGAGCAGCAGGUAUAGCAGUCGCUGUGAUGUUGGUAGUGGUUGCUGUGGCUCUUGGUCUCUAUUUCGGCAUAACUCAUCAUCGGAACAAUUCCACAAAUACUACUGAGACAGGAAGCAGCCAUGCACCUGACACCAGCCAUGGACCAGGAAGCAGCCAUGCACCUGGCACCAGCCAAGGACCAGGAACCAGCCUUGCACCUGACACCAGCCAUGGACCAGGAACAAAAGGUGGUCGUGUGUAUGAGAAUGUAGGACCUCCACUACCACCUCCAAGAAGCUCCAACAUAUACAACAGAAGUAUAAAGUGAGAGCAGCUGAUCUCAACUAAUCUUCCUCAGUUGGCUCUGGACUUCACCCAUCAAGUUUUACACAGUAAUCAAAUAAAUGCAGACAGGACAACCAUUCACUGGAGGACCAGCCAAGAAGACUAGAAACUAGACACUACUGUACUCCACCCCUGAUUAGACACGGGUCUUUGUACUGUUCAGCUCUGCCAUCCAGCUAUGUAUACUUGCUCAAUGUAAUUAUAGAACAGGCAACUAUAGAGGACAAAUUAUAUCCCCUUAAAUUGCACACACCAGUUGAAGUCUUACUAAUUUGAAUCAGCUUUCUCUGGUCAAAGUGCCAUCCCUCAGACCAUGACCUGUGCUACACUAAAUGCCAACAGGGGUGUUUUCAUAGAAACCUCCCCUACURAACCACAUUUUGAAACAGAUGUAACAGCAACUCUUUUUUCACUGAAGAUGAGAGGAAGUUUGAGUAAUCCUGUUAUGCUUGCUGAAUCCUCACUAAACUAGUGAGGACUAGACUGCCUAUGUGGCUCUGGCCAAAAGGAGUGCACUAUAUAGGAUGCAAAAUAUUAACUGAAAUUCCAAUAAAAGAAUGGUAUUAAA